UUCUACUUUCUAAGCAAUAUUAUACCCUCAUAACAUGGACGAAAAUACGAUGGGUAGCGCAGCGGUUACGAAGGCGAGUUGGUUGGGUGUGGUGGCGUGCAUGAUGGCGUUGGGUGCACCCUUUGCAGCCAUGGGGGAGUUCACAUGCUGCGAGGUGAAACCCGUUCUGGAUGCAUGCGGGAGUUACGUGAAAAUGGGUGGAGACACGAUCCCACUAGAUUGCUGCAUGAACGUUUUAACCCUCAGAAACACCGUUAUGAACUCUAGCGAGAAUCAGCGACUAGCUUGCCAUUGCAUUCAAGACGCUGCUCUCAAAGUUCCGCACAUUAACGUUACAGCGUAUGGGAGCCUUCCGUUUAAGUGUGGCGUUAACUUGCCCUACCAAUUCAGUCUCACCAUGCGCUGCGACAACCUGGUAUGAGCAACAGCAGCUUGAUUGUUUACGCAUAGGUUGUACAGAUGCUGUCAUGUUUAUCGACUAAUUUUGAAAAGUUUGAGAAAGGGGGACGCUAUAGCUGAGAUGAAGGGAUGAAAAUUGGUGUUUGACACAAGCUUAUAGACUAGAAGCCUGCAUCAUUUCUAGAUCACCAAGUUUGAGUUUUUUUAAACAACAAGCAAGCUUAAAACUUUUAUUAAUAAAGUCUAUUAAGAUGAAAAGGUAUGAUUAGACUAUUAAAAAAGUCUUUUAAAUCUAAUAGACCUACUUACUUAAAUAAAGUAAAUAAAUAUUCUUUGUUGAUGUUAUUAUAUUAAAUUAUAGUUUACUUUAAUUAGUUGAAUAGUGUAUGUAAAUUAUGUUGUAAAUUCUUUGUUACGAAGUUUGCU